AUGGGUCCCGUGGCGAAACGUGCACGAACGCUCGAUGCGCAGCAAGUUGCGCCGAUUCGGGCAGAGGAUGACUUUGACGAGUUUGACGUGCCGGAGGAGGACCUGCUGCACGCCGUCGAGGACGCCGAAAAGGUCAGUGCGUCGCAGGAAGACAAUGGGCAGAAAGAGCAGCCCAAGGCGGCGCCUAAGGCGGAGCCCAAGGCGGAGCCUGCGCAGCCUGCGCAGCCUGCCAAGCCGGUGCAGCCGGCCAAGCCUGUGCAGUCGUCGCUCACAGGACCGGCCAAGGCAUCCGACGUGCCCACCUACACCCUUCCCUAUGCGGGCACGCCCGACGACCCCCUCGCGCUCGAGCGCACGACCAUGAACAAGGAGUGGUUCGAUCGCCUGGAGCCUGCCAUGCGCCAGGACUCGUUUGCAAAGCUGAAGCAGUUCCUCGACGGCGAGAAGCGCGCCGGGCGCACGAUCUAUCCCCCCCCUCACCUCAUACACAGCUGGUCGCGUACGACGCCCUUGGAGCAGGUCAAGGUCGUGAUCGUCGGCCAGGACCCCUACCACCAGCCCGGCCAGGCGUGCGGCCACUCGUUCUCCGUGCCGAUGGGCAUUGCCGUGCCCGCGAGUCUGCGCAAUAUCUACAAAGAGCUCAGCACCGAGUACCCCGACUUUACGCCCCCCAAGCACGGAUGCCUCGAGGGAUGGGCGAAGCAGGGCACGGUGAAUGCAGGCAGCGCCGGCUCGCACCACAACCAUGGCUGGGAGCCCUUUACGCGCGAGAUCCUCAAGACCAUCGGCAAGGCGACCGCCGGCGCGACUGCCGGCAGCGGCCCUCUGGAGGCCAUGUUCAGCGGCCAAAAGCCCAAGCAGGGCGGGCCCCGCAAGGGUGUCGUGUUCCUUGCGUGGGGCCUGCCGGCCGCGCGCAUGCUCGCCGAUGCCGGCAUCACCGAGAAAACGCCCAAUGUGCUCCUCCUGCGUUCGCCGCAUCCCUCGCCGCUGAGUGCGCACCGCGGCUUCCUCGGCAAUGGCCACUUCCGCAAAGCGAACGAGUGGCUCGAGGACCCUUCGCGGUACGGCCCGGGAGGAGGCAUCCGGUGGGGAGAGCUAUAG